AUCGCGCGGUCGGAAGUUUUCGAAUUUCGACCUAAAAGUCGCUUAGAAACAGCCACUUACAUGGGUAUUUGACCUUCCAUUUUUGCUGAAAUACUAACCGCGUACAGAGCUGUAUUUUAAUCCGAACUUACGGCUGAGAAAUUAAAGUGACUCGAGUGCAUUUUCUGGUGGUUGAAAAUAUCAGUUUUUUAGCGUUCACCAAACUUUUAUUAUCUUUCGGUGAAGAUGUCAUAUUUAUUCCAAGAUUUUGAAAAAGAAUAUCAAGUGACACUACUGGAUAGAAGCGAUGUUCAAAAUCGUAAGAUUAACGAGGUGCUCAAUGGACUCUUCUUCAAUGAGCCAACUCUCAACAGAAUUGCCAAACAAUUUGAAACAGAAAUGAACCUUGCUUUGAAUGAACAAUGGAAUGAAGCAUCAGUUCUAAUGGAAAACACAUACAUUCCUGAAUUGCCUGAUGGAAGUGAACAUGGAAAAUUUUUAGCCCUUGAUUUGGGUGGUACCAAUUUUCGAGUAAUCCUUUUGGAGCUAGAUAAUGGAAAAAUUACAAAUGAAGUGGUAAAAAUGUAUGAAAUUCGUAGUGAAUUGCGUGUCGGUAGUGAAGAUGUUGCUGUGGCUUUAUUCGACCAUAUUGGUCAAUGUUUGUGCGAUUUUGUUGAGGAAAAUGACUUAGUAUCAGUUCCAUUACCACUUGGUUUUACAUUUUCGUUCCCAAUGAAGCAACACAGUUUAAAUUCAGCAACAUUAGAUGCAUGGGCAAAAUCAUUUAAUUUACCAACAGUUCUUGGAACUGAUGUUGUUGAGCGACUUCGAGAUUCAUUGCAUAAGCUUGGACAUAAUCAUAUUGAAGUAGUCGCUAUUCUCAAUGACACCACAAGUACAUUGAUACAAGGUGUAAAUCUUGACAAGCGAACUCGAAUUGGAAUUGUUUUCGGAACAGGAAGUAAUGCAGCAUAUGUAGAAAAUGCUGAUCGUGUAAAACAUUGGGAAGGAAAAGGACGACGUGGUGCAAAACAAGUUUGUAUUGACAUCGAAUGGGGUGCGUUUGGUGAUAAAGGUUCAUUGGAUUUUAUUCGCACACGAUUUGAUGAUCGCUUAGAUGAAACAUCACUUUUACCAGGCGGUUAUACUUUCGAGAAAUAUAUUGGUGGAAAAUACUUAGGUGAAUUAGUUCGUUUGGUGCUAGAAGAACUUCAGCAGAGGAAAUUGGCAUUCCAUAAUACUCCGGCUAUUGCAUUCCCAAAACCAUGGUCAUUUGAUACAAGAGAAAUUUCUUCGAUUGAAGAAGAUAAUUUAAAUGGCACGACAAACCUCACAAAAGACGUUUUAAAUGAAGCUGGUUUCAAAAAUGUGUCGGAACAUGAUAUCGCUGUGAUUCAACAUGUAGCUGCUGUUGUUUCGCAUCGUGCAGCUCUUUUGGUUUCGAUAACAACAUCGGUUAUUUUGGCUCGUCUAACUUGCCAAGAUGUAACCAUUGCAAUAGAUGGAUCAGUAUAUAAGAAACAUCCAAGAAUGGAUGCAUGGUUAUAUCGAAUUAUCGGCAAAUUAAAUACAACUGGCAAAACCUUUCGCCUCAUGUUGGCUGAAGAUGGAAGUGGAAAAGGUGCAGCAUUAACGGCAGCUAUUGCACUCAAGAUUGAUAACCAAAUGAUUAAAUGAAGGACCAUUUAGAUAAAUGAAUAAAAUAUAUGCACCAUCAAUCAUAAAAAAAGUUUAUGCAAUGACAUUGAAUUAUUUUAAAAAAUCAAACCAAAAUUUACAAUAGAAAUAAAGGUUGUAAAAGUAAAAGAUAUAAAGCUUUGGUCAUUUCGUAUCAAUGAAA